AUGGCUGCUCAACAACGUCAAGUGCUAGAAACUACUGGGAGAUUGGUAACGCAAGGUGUCCAGACCGUUGACUCCGAGGAAGAGGUGGUCACAGGUGUGGUCGAUAUAGGAAGCCAGACCGAAAAAUUCUUGGUUGAGGACAAGGCCAAUACUGAGGCAUCGGGAAAGGCUGUGGGCGAGGAUGUGGCCUACAGUGAUACGUCGAAGGGUACGGUUUCGGUGCCUGUUCAGGAUUGGUGCGAGAAGCCUUGUCCCGAAGAAGAGAUAGAAAUCGACUGUGUGAGAGAGCCAGAACAUUAUUGCGUGGGAUGUGCAGCUGCAUUUGCCCAUUUGGAUGUCUCCACCUUCGAUCGCCCUUGUGAUAUUUGCCCUGCCCCGACUGGGUGUGCCGGCCUGAGAGCGGAUGGGCCUCUCAUGACUAAUGAGGAGUUAGAGAGAGCCAACUUGAAGCUCCCGGCCGAAUCACAGGCUAGAGUUCCCGGCACGUCUAAGCCGAAAGGGAAAGAGCUUAUUAAGGGAGAGGAGUGGCCCCCAGCUGCUUGGGAGCAUGUAGAUGGUUUCGAAGGAGAUGAUAUAUGCCAAGAUCCCUUACGGUUUGCGGUCCCAGAGUUUCUGGACGAGACGGUCAAGUUACCAGAUAUAUGUGAGAGCCCUACGGAAGUGCAACAACCAGUUGCCGACUUAUGUGAGGAGUUCAAGGACCUCUUCGUUCUACGUCCCGGACGUUGUACUCAAGCUGAGCACUCGGUCGAGACUGGGACGACUCGUCCGAUUUGUGAGAGGAUAAGGCCUAUUCCUCACAAAUAUCGGGAUGAGAUUUCGGCCUUACUGAAGGAGAUGGAGGAGCUUGGUGUUAUUAGAAGGAGCACGUCGGCAUGGAGGUUCCCGUGUGUCUUCGUCCCGAAGAAGAAUGGUAAAGUCCGGAUGUGUAUUGACUACAGGAACCUCAACAAGGCAUGCCAUACUGAGGCGUACCCUGUGCCCCGGCCAGACGACGUACAGGAGCACCUGGCUGGUGCACGAGUGUUUUCGACUCUCGAUUUGAGAAGUGGUUACUGGCAGAUCCCGGUUCGCAAGGAGGACCAACGGAAGACCGCCUUCUGCCCCGGUCCAGGCUUCCCAUUGUAUGAGUGGGUGAUGAUGCCCUUUGGUUUGGCAAGUGCCCCGGCUACCUUCCAGCGAUUGAUGGAUGCCAUCCUGGAACACCUCCCUUUUGUGAGGGUCUACCUUGAUGACGUCCUGAUCUUUAGUAGAUCCGAUGAAGAGCAUCUGGAGCACUUGAGGAUCGUCUUUGAGCUUCUACGGGCGGCUGGUAUGACGGUGGCUGCUGAGAAGUGCGAGUUUAUGCAGGAUCGAGUGACCUAUUUGGGUCACAUGUUCAAUAGUACUGGUAUGAGUCCCGACUUGGGUAAGGCCGAGGUUAUCUUACGGUGGCCUCUACCUCGGACUGCCCCGGCCCUUCGAUCCUUCUUAGGGCUGGCAGGGUACUAUAGGAAUUUUGUCCCGCACUUUGCGGAUAGGUCUCGGUGUCUGUAUGAAAUUGUGAACUACUGCACGAAGAACAAGGUUGUGGAACUCGGAAAUCAGUGGGGCAAGGAGGAAGAGCUGGCCUUCAAUGACCUGAAGCAGUGGAUAGCCAGUCUCCCCUUGUUAGCCUACCCAGAUUUCUCGAGACCAUUUCAGCUCAUGACCGACGCCAGCGAUGUAGCGAUAGGGGCCGUGGUGGAGCAGGACGGAAGGCCUCUAGCCUUCUUCAGCCAGUCUCUGACCCCUACCCAGAGAGUCUGGCCGGUGUAUGAGCGGGAAGCCUAUGCUGUCUUCAAGGCAUUGGAACGGUUCAGACCGUUGCUCUGGGGUUACCAUUUGGAGUUGGUCGUCUUUUCGGAUCACAAGCCUUUGGAAUGGAUACAGACGGCUACGACGGCGAAAGUGCAACGCUGGCUCAUUAGUAUGUCCCAGUUUAAAUUUAAGGUAUUCUACAAGAAGGGUAAGCACAACGUCGUAGCUGAUGCCUUGUCCCGGAUUACUACAUCCGACGACAAAGUGGCAGAGCCAGAUCUCGGAGCACUCCAGCGUGAACUGCAAGGUACACCUGCCCUGGUGACGGACAAAGUAUUGACUGAGGGCAGGGAGGCCGAUGCGAUGGAGAAGGACAAUUUUGCCCCUGCUUGUGUUCUCACCCUCUGUGAGCAAUGGUCAAUAGCUGAUUUGGUACGUGAGCAAGAGUUGGAUCCUGUUCUUCGGGUAGUGAGAGACAGGGUCCGGACAGGAGAGCCUUUAGCGAAGGAUGAGCUCAAGGAUCUAGAGUAUCGGCCCUAUCGGAGAGUUUGGCUGACCCUACGGGUUCAUGACUCUGGUCUGUUGGUACGAAGAGUGCAGAUUAAUGAAGAGGCGACUUCGAGGUUUGUUCCAGUGGUCCCCGAAGGUCUCCGACGACAAGCACUAGAUCGGUUUCAUGAGGAGGCGGGACACUUUCGACGAGAGCAUAUGGUGGCAAGGUUGAGACGUACAGCUUACUGGCCAGGUAUGAGUAAGGAUAUUAGUGAGUUCUUGUUGCACUAUGAAGGCUGUGCACCCCAUAAGAAUGUCUUGCUACCCCACUUGCCCUAUGUCCCGUAUCCGGUUGGUUCGCCUUGGCAUACAGUAGCUAUCGAUUUCCUUGCGGUGGCUCCCGGCAGAAGCGGUGUAUCUAAACUAUUGGUAGUGGUGGACCACUUCACGAGGUGGGCCGAAGCUGUCCCCGUGGCAGGUGAGAGUGCUGCGGAGGCACUGAAGGCCCUACUGAAUCUCUUUUCGAUUCAUGGUCCCCCGGUUAGGAUACUCUCAGACCAGGGGAGUGCGUUCGAGUCGCAGCUGUUCAAGGACGUCUUGGCUCAGCUAGGUAUAGCUAAGUCUCGUACUUCGGUCUAUCAUCCCAAUGCAAAUGGUCAUGUGGAGAGGUUUAACAGCACCAUUCUCAAUUUAUUGAGGACUCAUGUGACGAGGGUGGAUAGUAAUACUAUCAUAGUAUCCACUGGAUACCUGGCAGGAUCACUUACGGUCAGUGUUGUGGGCCUACAACACUACACCUCAUAG